AUGGACCUCCACCGCCCCUUCAAGAUGGACAGUCCCUCCUACUUGCCGGCUCCACUGGCCUCUCCUGCCCUGAUGGUCCUGGCCUCCACUGCCGAGGCAGGUCGAGAUGCGUCUGUCCCCUGUCAGGCGCCCAGGCCCUUUGGCGUCCCUGCCUCUGUGGAGAAGGACCUCCACCUCCCCUUCCCUUCAGCCUCUUACACCUUCACCUCUAUGUAUCAGCGCCAGGGCCCCAUGUCAGGUACCUUUCCGGCCAGAGACUUCCCAGCGUCCCUGCUCCACCUGCACCCCCAAUUCACCCCGCCAAACCUGGACUGUUCCACCCUGGGCAUGCUCAAUCACAGCGGGGUGGGCGCCUUCAGACCUUUCUCUUCCCCACAAGAAGACAGGGAAUCAGGGGUUUACCAGUCAGCUUUCACCCCGGCUAAGAGGCUGAAAAGCUGCUUUCCGGAUCUGGACGGGAAGGAGUUUGACUUUGGCUCCUUGGGAGCGUCUCUCAAAGCUGGGGAAGACUCGGGUAGGAAGCUCUUCUCCAUGUCUGGCUUACUGUCUGACGGCGAGGCUUCAUCCAGCCCAGAGGAGCGCAAAGACCACAGCAAAGUGAAGUGUCUCUAUGAUGCUCAGGCCCCAGUGUGUCCCGUCUGCCAGGCCGUCCUGCGACCAGGAGAGCUGCAGGAGCACAUGGAGCAGGAGCUCUCCAAACUCGCCCAGCUGCAGAUCAGUGGAACUCCAGUGCAGCAUGACCACCUCAUAAGGACACCAAAGUCUCUCUCACUUUCUCUGCACAUCAAGCGUGAAGGAGGGUCUCCCAACUUGCCUCCUCAACCAUCUGAAGAAGUCCAUUCAGACCGAUACCAGACGUUCCUUCGUGUGCGGGCCAAUCGGCACACCAGAUUAAACGUUGAUGACCUCUGCUGGUGCAGGUGCUACGUCAAAUCUGCCCCAUUACGCCCCCACAGCGCAGGAGCCCACCUAGACUGCAUACAAGCUGUUAGGAUCGGAAAGCUGAAGAGAAGGAAACCAGAAGAUGGGCAGGAGGCUUCAGAUGACCUGGUGCCACUUGAGGACAAGUGGAAUGAGAGGAAAAGGAUACAGAUGACGUCUAUUGGCUUUAAAGGUGCGAUGUUGGUGAGCACAACCUCUAAGGAGUGUCGAGACAGUGAUGCAGAUCUGGAUGUGGACGGAGACGACACUCUGGAGUACGGCAGAGUGCAAUAUACAGACACAGAUGUGAUUCCUUGUUCGGGAGAGAGCUCCAAGGAGAUGACAGUGACCAGCAGCAGUGGCAUGCUGCCUGAUUCCAGGCUAAGCAUCGAUUUGCCCAAGUGGUCAACUGAUGGUAGUCCAUCAACAAGCAGUGGGGAAAAACAAGACAUGAACACAGCUGGCCUCCCCAAGACCUGCAAAAACACUGAGAUAGAGACGCUCUCAGAAGAUUCCACACUGACAACAUUGGAUGCACUUAAAGCUCGAAUACGAGAUUUGGAGAAGCAGCUGUCUAAAGGAGACAGAUUUAAAUGCCUCAUCUGCAUGGAUACAUACACCACCCCUCUCACCUCCAUCCAGUGCUGGCACGUUCACUGUGAGGAGUGUUGGCUUCGAACUCUGGGUGCAAAGAAGUUGUGUCCUCAGUGCAACACCAUCACCUCACCCGGCGAUCUGAGGCGGGUUUACCUGUGAUUCCACAGCUCACCCGAAGGGCGGAGGGAUUUCUUCUGUUUUUAACCAAUCACGGGUGGAAGAAGUGUGGACAGCUGGCCUGUCAUACACCACCUUAUUAACCACCCUCCUCCUCCUCCUCCUCCUCACUCUUCCUCUCAAAUCCUACCUGUUUUGCCAAUGUACACCUAACAUCCCCUAACCCCAGACUGUCUGGAGACAAGCAUGUGUGACCUCUGACCUGUACAUUUUACACCUUUCUGUGAAUCCAUCAGCCAGACUGGAAGAAACUGCGAGCUCAGGCACUGAAAAACAAGAGGAAAAAAAAACACUUUUGGACAAUAUUUAUCGAUUUUAUAAUCCUUUUGUCUGUUUUAUGAGGAAAUAAGGUUGAAUUGAAUUGAACUGCAAAGCACAUGUACAUAGUUUGUGUAUGUAUGUUUGGCGUGGUGUGUGUGUAUGUGACGGCUAGCAGAAGGGGUCAGCUGUAUCUACUGUACACAGUUUGUCUUUGCUUAGAUCACUUAAUAUUUGUUUAGCUCCCGUAUUUUGGAAACCUUAAUCUCAUCACAUUUGGCCUCAUUUUGUCUGUUAUUGGCGUAUUUCUUUGUAUAGAAUCAUUAAAUCUGAUUUUAUCAACAUUACAACAAUAAAAUCUGUGUUUAAAGG